AUGGCAACUUGGUGCACACUGACACUAUUUAUUCUCUUUUUACAAGACGCGGUGAGCUGUUUUUAGAGAAGGCUCAAAAAUUUCUGAAUUCAAAAAUAUUUCAGAUUUUCUUCACACCUGAAACAUCUGAGAACAAUUCUGCUGAAACUGGUCAAGCUAGGCCCAAUUUUCAUGUGGUAGUUGGACAUUAUAAUGGAAAUUUGCCGGAUGAGAAGAGAAGGAAUUUGACGAGUGGUAAGAGCUUUUUUUGAAUAUCGGCGGCAAAAUUGAGAACCGUGAGAUUUCCCCCACAAACUAUAACCCCAAGGAGAAUCCUUUAAGUUUUGAGACGGAGUUAAAAAUUAAAUUAAAAAAUUAAAAUUAAAAAUUAAAUUUAAAAAUUUAAAAUUAAAAAAAACAAAAAACAACAAUAAAUCGAUUUGUAAAUCCCGCUCUUUUGAAAUACGAUAAACAACAGGCACGCGGAGUGUCGUUGCUUAUUUUUAAAUUUCUCUAGAAAAAAGAAUUCUUUUUCCCUACAAACUUCCUUACCUUUUCUCAUUUCCACCUUAUUUUUAAUUUUGCAGCUCAACUAAAUGCCAACAAUUAUUCACCAAUCGAAAAUUGGGGUGAAUCAGGUCGAGCAGUUCGUCUAGAACCAGCUCAACAAAAAGAAGCCGAUGAAAUAUUCCCAAUAAAUCAAUUCAAUUUAUAUGUUUCGGAUCGAAUUUCAGUGAAUCGCACAAUUCCGGAUGUUCGAAAACCGACUUGUCGAAAUUUGACAUAUGAAAUUGACAAAUUGCCAAAUACCUCUGUUAUUAUUGUUUAUCAUAAUGAGGCUUAUUCGACGUUGAUGAGAACUGUUUGGAGUGUUAUUAAUCGGUAAGAGAGUGGAUUUGGGACACGAAAUUUUCUGUUUGACAAAAUAGUUGGAAAUUUUAUCGAAUAAGAUUUCAUAAAAUUUUGAAAAUUUCCAGAUCUCCUCGCUCCCUUCUAGCCGAAAUAAUUCUGGUAGACGACUUUUCGAAUCGUACAUUCCUAGCGCCAAAAAUCCUAGACUCAUCGCUGAAAAACCUGCCAACUCACGUCAAAAUUAUACGCUCGAAAACAAGAGUUGGGCUAAUUCGAGCAAGAAUGAUGGGAGCACAAGAAGCACAUGGAGAAGUUUUGACAUUUUUGGAUUCGCAUUGUGAAGCUACGCAGGGCUGGUUGGAACCAUUAUUGGAUCGAAUUCGAAAAAAUCGAAAAGCUGUGCCAUGUCCAAUUAUUGAUAUUAUAAAUGAUGAUAAUUUUCAGGUAAAUAUUUAGGGAAGGCAGGGUUUUGAAUAAAAACGGACCAUUGGAUUUCUCCAGGCACUUUUUCACUAUAUUUCUCAAUUUUCAGUAUCAAAAAGGAAUCGAAAUGUUUCGCGGUGGAUUCAAUUGGAAUCUCCAAUUCCGUUGGUAUUCGAUGCCCGCAAAUCUAGCAAAAGAGCACGCAAAAACACCAACAGCUCCAAUUCUAAGUCCAACAAUGGCUGGCGGCUUAUUUUCAAUAAAUCGUAAUUAUUUCGAAGAAAUUGGUGAAUAUGACCCCGGAAUGGAUAUUUGGGGAGGAGAGAAUCUGGAAAUGUCAUUUAGAAUUUGGCAAUGUGGAGGAAGAGUCGAGAUAUUGCCGUGUUCUCAUGUUGGACAUGUUUUUCGAAAAAGCUCGCCGCAUGAUUUUCCGGGAAAAUCGAGUGGAAAAGUUUUGAAUGAGAAUUUGAUGAGAGUUGCCGAAGUUUGGAUGGAUGAUUGGAAAGAAAUGUUUUAUAAGGUAGGCUGUUAUGGAAGUGGAAUAAAACGAAUAUAUGUAUCAAAGUUUCAAAAAUCCAAAAAAAUAUUAUAGAAAUUUCGAAACAGUUAUUUUUCUCGAAAAAAGUCGACUGAAGACUUAUUGAAAUUUCAAGAAUUCAAAACAAUAUCAUAGAAAUUUUGAAAGAGUGAAAUUUUUUCAAAAAUAUUUUUCAAUAAACUUAUGGGCCCAUGCAGAUUAAUAUUUUGUAAUAAAAAACACAAAACAUCAUAAUUUUUGAAAUGAAAGACAAAAUACACAGUUUAUUAUUUUCAAGUAGAGACAACAUGCAAUUGAGAAAGCGCAGAAAAAAUAAUUAAUUUUUCGAACAAAAAAUACAAAAAACUAAUUAUUUUGUCUGCGCUCUCUCACUUUCACGUUGUCUCUACUCAAAAAUAAUGAACUGUAUAUGUUUCAUCAAAAAAAAAUCAUGGUAUUUUUGGGAAACAAAAUUUCGAGAUCAUCGAAAUCUCAGAAACCCCAAAAAGUUUUAUAGAAAUUUUGAAACAGUGAAAAUUUUCUCCGAAAAUUGAAACCACGAAAAUUCAAACUUCCAGAUAGCUCCUCAAGCUUCUCGAAUGCGAAAUUCAAUCGAUGUGUCAGAUCGUGUGGAACUUCGCAAAAAAUUGCGCUGCAAACCAUUUUCCUGGUAUCUGAAGACUGUGUUCACUGAUCAUUUUUUGCCGAUGCCCGGAGAUUUUUUUGGGAGGGUAAGUGGGAUUUUUGGGACGGGUUCAUUAAUUUCUAGAAAAAAAUUGGAUGAAAAUUAUCAAUUGUAUACCUGAACAUUCAAGAUUCUUCAAAAAAUUGAAUUUGGGACCAAAAAUCGUAAAAUUUCCCGAAAUCGCGUCGUUUUUCUCUCCAGAUCGUUUCAAAAUUUUCGGCCAAAAAAUGUUUGAGUUGGGCGCUGAAACAAUCAGGAAUCAAAGCGGCGACGAUUUCGGAAAUUUUGGAAGACUUUCGAAAACAACAGGUAUGA